AUGUCUCUUCGGAUUUCUACUGGACCCAGGCGCAUCUGCUCAUGGUCUGGAGCUGGGGCAGUCAGAAUACCCAAUGCUAGCACUAGCUUUGGGAAUAACAGCAUGUAUGGAGGCUCUGUGGUAGGAGGUGGAAACUUACCUGGUGGAAGUUAUGGAAGCUGCCUCAGUGGAAGCUCAGGGGGAGCCCCCGGUGGGAACCCUGUUGUUAGUAGCUUUGGAGGUGCUUCUUGUGCAGGCUUUGUGGCAAAUGAAGGCCUCCUCUCUGGCAAUGAGAAGGUCACCAUGCAGAACCUUAACGACCGUCUGGCUUCUUAUCUGGACAACGUGCGAGCUCUGGAGGAGGCCAAUUCUGAGCUAGAGCAAAAAAUUAAGGGCUGGUAUGAGAAAUUUGGUCCUGGCUCCUGUCGUGGACUGGACCAUGACUACAGCAGAUAUCAAGUGACCAUCGAAGAGCUUAAGAACAAGCUUAUCUCUUCCACCACAAGCAAUGCUAAUGUCGUCCUGCAGAUUGACAAUGCCAGGCUGGCUGCGGAUGAUUUCCGUCUGAAGUUUGAAAAUGAACUGGCUUUUCACCAAAGUGUCGAGGCGGACAUCAAUGGCCUACGUCGGGUCCUGGAUGAGCUGACCCUCUGCAGAACAGACCUAGAAAUCCAAUAUGAAACUAUGAAUGAGGAGCUAACUUACCUCAAGAAGAACCAUGAAGAGGAAAUGAAAGCCCUCCAGUGCGCUGCAGGUGGCAACGUCAACGUGGAGAUGAACGCAGCCCCAGGGGUAGAUCUGACCAUUCUGCUGAAUAACAUGAGGGCAGAGUACGAGGACCUGGCUGAGCAGAACCGCAGGGACGCUGAAGCCUGGUUCAAUGAAAAGAGCGCCACGCUCCAACAGCAGAUCUCCGACGAUGCGGGGGCCACCACCUCCGCCAGGAGCGAGCUCACCGAAAUGAAGCGGACCGUCCAGACCCUGGAGAUUGAGCUACAGUCCCUCUUGGCCACGGUAGAUCUCUCCAAAACCACACUAGUAAAGACUGUUGUUGAAGAGCUAGAUCAGCGGGGCAAGGUCCUUUCAACCAGGGUUCACUCCAUUGAAGAAAAGACCUCUAAAAUGAGCAAUGGCAAAACAGAACAAAGAGUCCCUUUCUAG